CCCUGUACAGGUACACGGGUCCCCUCUUGGAAGAGGAAGCCCUGAAGAAAGCAGCACAAAGUGGAUUAUCUUCACCGGAGUAUUUUGACCUCUGUGUUUGGUUAGGUUCCCAAAUAAAGUCACUUGGUGACAUGGAAGAAAGCAUCACGUCAGCAGAUGGUGAUAAAGAUAUAGAGAGCUUCCAACUUGAGAUUAGUGGCUUCCUGAGAGAAAUGGCUUGUCCAUAUUCAUCACUUGUAUCUGGAGACAUAAAGGACAGAUUGAAAGAGAAAGAAGAUUGCCUUAAACUCCUCUUAUUUCUAAGUACAGAACUUCAAGCUUUAAAGAUACUGCACAGCAAGAAAAGUAAAAGCUCUCAUUUGGAAAAGCACAACGAAAUCUAUCAGGAAGUACAAGCUAUCUGUGAUGCGCUGGGCUUACCAAACUCCUCCUCAUCCGAUAUUCCUCCUUUGUUAAGCAAUGUGGAACAAAAGAUAAAGGACAUUCUCUCAAAAGUUCAAAAAAACCACGUGGGGAAAUCACUGCUAACAAAACCUCUGAAUUCUGAUCAAGUGGAAAGAUUGGAAAAAAUCAAUGAUGCUCUUCGCAGUGAAUACGAAUGUCGCCGUCGUAUGUUAAUGAAGAGGCUAGAUGUGACAGUGCAGUCUUUUGGCUGGUCUGAUAGAGCAAAGGUAAAAACAGAUGACAUAGCACGAAUCUAUCAGCCCAAGCGCUACGCAUUAUCUCCAAAGUCAACAAUAACGUUAGCUCACCUUCUUGCUGCUCGAGAGGAUUUAUCGAAGAUCAUAAGAACAAGUAGUGGAUCAACACGGGAGAAUACAGUCUGCGCAAUCAACAAGGUUCUGAUGGGGAGAGUACCUGACCGUGGAGGCAGACCAACAGAGAUUGAACCACCUCCUCCUGAAAUGCCUCCGUGGCAAAAAAGACAGGAAGGUGGUGGAAGAGGUGGCUGGGGAGGUGGAGGUGGGGUGGGAGGGGCAGCUGGGGUGGGGGAGGGGGGAGAGGGAGGAGGUGGGGGUGGUUUUGGGGGUGGGGGUGGUUUUGGAGGCGGGGGAGGUUUUGGGGGUGGGGGUUUAGGAGGUGGUGGAAGAGGUGGAGGUGGUUUCCAAGGCGGCAGGGGGGACUAUGGUGGCAGAGGUGGUUAUGGUGGCAGGGGAGGUUAUGGAGAUCCGUAUGGUGGAAGAGGAGGUGGAGGAUACCGGAGAUACUGAAAGAGUAACAGAUGAAAUAUAGUGGUGGUGUUUACUGGUGUCAGGAAUUUAGAUAUGGUACCUUUGGUUUAGAUUAGAUUAAAGUAUGACCAUGUGAAUCAUUGCAUUCGACCAACUGAUGUUGUCAUUGAAUUCUUUUAGUUAACCGAACAGAACUUUUUAUACUAAAAUAUCCUGACUAGAGUCCUCGCUUUUCGUACUGGUUGUGUUUUUUUUUUUUAAAUUAUGUUCAUUUAUUUAAAAUAAGUCUCAGAAAACUGAAUAAAAACCUUUUUAAAGAAACAGAAUAAAGAUGAUGUUCAGGCCUCUCUAAUUAUUGCAUGUUGCACAUAAAUUCUGCUCCAAAAGCUGGAUGCAAAAAAAAAAAAAUUAAGAAGUCAGACCUAAGAACUUGAGGGAGAUGCUUCUGAAAGUCCAGAAUGCUGCCUUUGUGCUUUUUUCUUUAUCCAGUUUUCACAUUGGACAUAUUGAAGAAAUUCAGUUUCAAGUUGUCACUUAAGGCUUUGGUCAAAAUUAUUCAAUGAACUUCACAUAAAAGUAAUAUUCUGAAUUAGUUCUCUACAGAUACUAAUAAAAUUAGAUGGCUUUGUGUGUUCAUAAAUAUAUCGGAGAUUAAUUGAAGGUCAGAGCAUGUACCACAAAACCUGAAUCAUGGUGACUUUUGAUGUUUAUUUUUACUUAACUUGCUUUUCAUAUUAUUGGUGUUUCAUAAAAGCAUUUUCUACUACCGUCAUGUCCAGUAGGAGUUCAUCUAUAUACUCUUUCUGCAUCAGCCUUUAAAAAUAAACGUCAACAAAGCUCAGUUGCCUGAGAAAGGGUGGGCUAUUUCUUUUUUUUUCUCCUGCCUACUCUCUGUAUUUGGCCACUGCCAACUGCCAGCUGACAAGUUAUCUCAUGCACCAGUUGCUCCUCCCAUUGAGGUUUCUGGAAAAAGUUCCAAUAUAGCAUUCAAAGGCUUUGCUUCUUUAUUCUGUCACCCAACUGGUUUGAUAACCUGAAAGAAACUCUGUGUUGAUAUGUAUGGAUACCUUCUCCUUCACAGAUAGUGUUACUCUAGUAGAAGAGCAUCUAGAUGAGGAAGUGGAUUUUGUAUAAUUCUGGCUCUAAGUAGAUUUGUUAAAAGAGAUUAAGUUCAGGGCUGUCAGCUAAAAAUUCUGUAUGUUAUCUAGCUUCUUUAGGUCCCUCCUCUGUUGUGAUGCCAUUUGUGAAUAGAGGUAAAAGAGAGAUGAUGUCCAAGUAUAUAUUCACGAUGGUAUUUAUCAGGUUCAUGUUACUGCAGAGAUUCAGGAAGGCAUCUGAUAAACCUGGGCAUAUCUCUUGACAGAAACCUUGAAGCGCUUUCAAGAAAUAUAUAACUUAGACUUAUCUGCAGUUGAACUUUAAGAUUUGAAUUUGCUUUUAUGUACCACAGUUAUGAGUUUUGUUUUUUUUUUUUCCCCCACAAACUUGCUGCUGAUGUCUGUAUUGGCAUGCUUUAAAGUUGUUACCGUGUCUUCAGGGACACAUGCAUCAUGCCCUCAAUUACAGAGGCAGAUCUAUGCAGGAACGUAGAGCUCUGUUUAAAAUUAAGUGAUUUUCUAGCAUGUUGUUUAAAAACAUGUCAGAUUUUAUUAAUUAGCUACUACCAACACCUUCAUUUGAAAUUUUAGUCUAGAUGAACUUCAAAACUUUCCUUCUUAUUCUGUAUGCUUAUUGACUGAGAAUGCUGCUUUAUGAUGUGAUUGGUACAGCCUUGGCCAUACUUUACAGUUCCAGUAGGCUUCUAAGAAAAGAGAGUGGGAGACUUCAUUGCUUGUAUAUGUUGACUUGAAUGUGAACUCAAUAUAAUGAAGUAUUCUGCUGGCUUAACUUCACCCACCUUCUAGCAGUGUCAUUAUCACUUUCUUUGUACACUCAUUUCUGUUGUCAGCCUCUGCUGCCAUUCUGAGGAAUUUCAAGUGGAAGCACAGUACUCAUUUCCUUCCUUUGGAGACUGGUUUAUUCACAGUGCUAUAGAGGUAGCUCACAAAUGACAUUUUGAGUGAGACCACUGGCCAUGGAGGUGACAAGCAUUGGUCAGCAAGGGAAGAGGGAGAACAGUUUUUAACAAAGCCUUAAUUUAAAAUUCUCUUUGCUAAUCCUAUGCUGUUAUUUUUGCUACAAGUAACAUACAAACAACAAUCAAGAGCUCAGUUUCACCAAGGAUGUAGGCUAGGAAAUUCAAGUGGUGUAUCUAUGCAUAAAGAUUUCAUCAGUUUUAAGAUGUGAAGAUGCACUGGGUUAGUUGACCUGUAGGGCUGGUAGAAUGUAGUAAUUGUGUAUGUGCCGCAGUGCUUUUACACUUGUCAGUUUGUGCUAUUUGUAACAGAAUAGUUCAGAGUAAAGUAGACAAGAUUUGUGCCCCCAUCCAGUUCUAACAGUUAAAUUAUUCUAGUAGUUUUCCAAUUUUUCCAAUUAUUUUUUAUGUAGACAUUGUAAAAGACAAAACUUCAACUAAGUUGAAGUUCUAUGGAAGAUGCUUCGUUUUUUUUUUUAUUUGAGCUAUUUCAUAUUUUCUUGAGUAAUUCCAAAGUGUGAAGCCAGUAGUAGAAAAGCAAAGUAAGCACCACCACGUUUCAUAGAGGUAUCCCUUUCUCGGUCUUCUCUGUUGUCAGAAUAUAUGUCCUUAUUUUAUCAGAAGAUGCAAUAAUACCAUUAAAACAAUUGAUUUAAA